AUGAGGACCCUGCUGCUGCUGGCGGCAAUCAUGGCCUUUGUCCUAAUGCAGGCCCAGGGAAGUCUUUUGAAUUUCAGGAAGAUGAUCCAUUUGAAGACAGGAAAAAUAGCUGAGCUCAGUUACGCCUCCUAUGGUUGCUACUGUGGCCUGGGUGGCAAAGGAUCCCCCAAGGAUGCAACAGAUUGGUGCUGUGUCACCCAUGACUGUUGCUACCGUCGUCUGAAGAAUCUUGGGUGCGGCACGAAAACUUUGAACUACACUUUUACCUACGAAGGGGGCAAAAUCAUCUGUGCUGCAAACCAGGACUCCUGCAGGAGUCAGCUGUGCCAAUGCGAUAAAGCUGCUGCCGAGUGUUUUGCUCGAAACAAGGAAAGCUACAGUGUGAAGUACCAGUUCUAUAGCAAUCUGCUGUGCCGUGGGCAGGCACCCAGUUGCUGA